AUGCCGGAAAUUGAAGAGCAAGAAACCGCUGUCGUCUACCUCAAAGAGGUGCAAGGUGAAGAAAACGAGGAAACACACGACGAGAAGGAGAAUAAGAAGAAGCGCGAUUGGGGCUUCCACCUACCCUCGUUCAAAAUGGGUGGAAGCAGAAGGUCGACCAAAGAAGGCGAAGAGCCCUAUCCAAUCGUUUCUGAACCUUAUGAAGGCCCACUCGACUCUGUGGAUCGUGAGAACGAUCUGGAAAAAAUCCCACUUGACACCACUCCAGUACCAGAGUCCAAAACAACAACAAUCACCACCACUCGUCGCUUUUUCCUGUUUGGCCGAGUCCGCCACGAAGGUGAAGAAGAGGUUAUCGAGCAAGAGCACGUAAAGCCAGACACCUACGGACUAGCUACCACAUCUUAUGAGGGUCCACUCGAAGAGUUGCCACGCGAAGAUGACCUCGGUGCCUCACCUCUUGGUGAACAUGCGGCUGUCUACCAUCCGGGUGAUUCUUGGCUUACCGCUAACGAGCAGAAGAAGAAAAAGACCAAGAAAGACAAAGCCGCUUCCCCAACCAUGCCGGAAAUUGAAGAGUCCAAGCAAACCGCUGUUGUCUAUCUCAAAGAGGUGCAAGGUGAAGAAAACGAGGAAACACACGACGAGAAGGAGAAUAAGAAGAAACGCGAUUGGGGCUUCCACCUACCCUCGUUCAAAAUCGGAGGAAGCAGAAGGUCGACCAAAGAAGGCGAGGCCCUAUCCAAUCGUUUCUGCCUUUGGGCCCACUCGACUCUGUGGAUCGUGGCGUCUCGGGCUUCCAUUUGGCCGCCGCACCGACACACCGAGUCGUUGCUGUGCCCAGUGGUGAGGAGUGGAAAUGACGGGGCGGCUGUCGUUUACCCGGGUGCCAGUCCGAUGGUACAUGAAAAUCUUCCACAUCACCCGUUGUCAGAUUCAGUGAAUUUGCAUGCCAACUAUGCAACCUAUCCAAGAAAAACUCAACGUUUGCGGAUUUUCUCUCGAUUUAUCCAUCCCGGUGAAGUAGAGAUGAUUGAAAAGGAAAAAAUUGACAAGUCACUAUAUCCAAUACAAACAGCCACGGAAGGAGAUGUCGAUGUAAUGCAAAGAAACUCGGAGAUGGUUUUCUCGAAUCUAAAAUCAUCGUGUGAAGCCUAUCACGAGGGUCAAUACCACAAACUGCCCAUUGUGCCUCCAUUCACCCCAACAAAGUCCUAUCAGCCUCAACUAUCAGCUGAUGCGGCCACUUCUCCAAUCCAUAACCUUGAACCGCUAGCCGAGCUGGAGUCACGGCUUUUCAAUUUGCAAGACGAGAUCAAUGGGCCUGAGACGGAGAUUGUCGAGGUGCGCAUUGAGAGACGUUGCGAGAUCGAACUGCGUCCCGUGUACACACUGAAGAGCAAAAAGCCGCGUCCAGCGGGGGGCGGGGUUUCGCGUGGAGUGGCGGAGAGAAAAGAUAUCCACUCCACUUUCACCACAACUCCCCCGCCAACAGAGGAAGAGGACCAACCCUCAACCAGUGCGACCAUGCCAUCGGGUCGAAACUUUCUUCAACGAAUCGGCCUAUUCAAGAAUGGGACGUCAAAAGAAAAGAAGAAAAAGUCGAAGAAGGGAAAAGAUGGGACGGAUACUUCGUCUUCGAGCUCGAGCAGUGAAGACGAGAAGGCUGUUGUCGUCGUUCGUCAAAGCACCACCACGACGACAGCAAAUCGAUCUCCUGGGGAGAUGCCACCGCAGACGUUGCACUACACGCCGGCCGAUCACUCGUGCGGUGUGGUGAUCAGGCAAGAAACCGAUCAAACCACGUAUCGCCUUGUCGGCAGCGGAUUGACGCCGCGCGUCGAUCCGAAUAAUCCGUCACUGCCGUCAACGAUGGCUCGAGCGGAACGACUGAAUUUACGGUCGCCGCGUCUAGAGCACGCCGAGCGGAUUCUCACUAUCCGCGGUGCCUCCGAUCUGCCGGUCUCCCUCGCGGAGAGCGGACAGCCACACACUACGGUACAGCGAUGGCAAGAAACGAACAUUCUCCCUGAUCAGGUGGUCACUGAAGUCGACGAAGAUGGAAACACAGUGACCCGUACGAUUAAAACGUCUCAAGUCAAAUCGACCGUCCAGAAGCAAACUUUCCAAAACUUUACGGUACCCGAAGAUGAAAAUACGAUUUCAACAGUGGAACGUGUCCGCGAACAAGUGGUUCCCCGAACAUCGCCCGACAAAUCGGGAAAGCUCGUUGAAACCCACACUCGCACAGUGGCCUACGAGAACGGAGCACAGCCCGCACAAGAGGAUCUCGGUGAAUUCGUUUCUUCAAAAACAGUGACUUCUGGAAAUCGAACCGUUGAGACAAUCACCUACAAGACGGAAAAAGAUGGAGUGGUUGAAACUCAUGUUGAGCAUCGAGUGACAAUCCAUUCCGAUGACGCCAUUGAUCAUGAUGCGGAGCUUUCAAAAGCUAUUCUCGAGGCCACUCAGAUGAACCCGGACAUGACCGUGGAGAAGAUCGAGGUCAAACAAGAGGCGACACAA